UUUUUUAAAUUAUUUGUCAGCUUAAAUGUUAUUCUAAUGCUUUCUCGUUAUUGGCCAUUCCCAAUUGCCGAUAUUGAGGCAAUUGGUAUGUCUCAUAAUGGUAAUCAUCACAACUUACUUCUAGAUAGUAAUGGAACUGAUUGUCCAAAUGGAACUAAAUGGAUUUUAAAUGUUUUUGGUGAUUGUGUUGACAGUUCGUUAAAAAUGUUGGGAUUUUCAGUUGGUGUAAUUUCACUUUUUCUUUGGUUAGUUCCUCUCUUUCCCCAACUUUAUGAAAAUUACAAACAAAAAAGAUGUGAAGGACUUUCAAUAUUCUUUUUAAUGUUUUGGCUUAUUGGCGAUACAUGUAAUUUACUUGGUGCAUUACUUACACAUCAACAGCCACUACAACAAUGGAUAGGCUUUUAUUAUAUUAUACAAGAUAUGGUCUUGGUUGGACAAUUCUUUUAUUAUACCCGUAUAUAUUCAAAUACUAUUGGAGGUAAUUUAAUAAUUCGACAAAUUAAAUCUUUGUAGA